CCUCCUACAGAGCCCAAUCCUUACAUGAAGCCUUGUAUGGAACUCUGGGUAAAGGAUGCUGCUGAGAGACAUUGCCAUAUUGCCAACAGUGGAUAUUGCAAAAUACGAGAACAAGAAGACCUUUAUGUUCCUCUGGAAGAAGAAAAGAGAUAUGGUGAGGAUAUCAUUGACACCAUUGACAUUGAGAAACAAAAAGAAGCGAAAAAAAAAUUGAUGGAUAUUAUAAGGCAGUGA